AUAGGUGGGGCCUGCAUGUUCGUGUUACGUUCACAUUCAAUUGCUCCAUCGAUGGGCUUCUGACAUACUUCGGCAGUUUCUCAAUGCGAGUAGCCCAGAAGUAUCGAUUGUAGAUGUGUUCAGGCCAUCUAUCGAUCGAGACAGAUCGGCCGAUGGAUAUUAUUGAGACGACAAUUUAAAGCCAGUGAUGAGCUAAGGGCUUUGGCAAUCUUAUGAUCGGCACGUGUAGCUCACCUACUUGGCGCAGUGAGGUUGUCACGAUUAGUUAGUAAGGUGUGACUGGAACUUCUCAUAGCCAGUCAGAGGAAAGCGUGGUCGCGACGAAAUCCCCUCUCACGCCGGACAUAGACGAAGAACAAUCCGAUGGGUGGUUUUCUGAGCUAUAAAUCCCCUCGUAUCCCAUCAGAUUCUUGUCUCAUGAAGUCUCGUGAAAGGAAUCUACCAUCCACUCAGUCCCUCUCAGAUUUUGGUUCUUCAGAAUGCGAUUCCUUAGUCUCUCUCCCUCAUACAGCUUAGGUACUUGUCUAGGAGCGCUCCUAUAUACUGAGGCCGCCGUUGCCAAUGUAUAUGACGGGGGCUGCACCGGAAGCUCCUCUGUCAAGCUGCGUAUCGGCAACGGUGGCGCUGGCCAAAGUGGCCUAGUCAAAGAGCUUUCCGACAAGUUUAUCAAAAACCAGACAGAUGAUUGCCACAGUCACGAUCUCUUUAAGGUGGAGUGGGUCAAAGGUGAUACUACGGAAACCAUAAGCAAUAUGGGCGCCGGCAAGGUCGAUAUCGGCAUCACCUACAGUGUUGCAGCCGAAGACAUUGCCAUAAAGUCCGGUAUCGCGAAGGGCUGCAAAUAUCAUGGGAAUGCCACCAGCGGGAUGCCCUGCUUCGGUGAGUGCAAGGAGUAUACUGAACGACCAUGCUACAUGUUCCGUGAUCACUUCUAUUUGGUUGGUCCGAAAAACAAUACCCCAGACAUCAAGAGCUCUGAUGAUAUUACUUCCACUUUCUCAAAGCUUUACAACGCGGCCGAAAAUGGGACUGUCCGUUUCCUCAGCCGGUACGACAAGUCGGCCACCAACAUUAAGGAUGCGCAGCUGUGGAUCAAUAUCGGACAGGUUCCGUGGGCGACUGCGUACUCAAAGUGGUACCACCAAUAUCUUGCAUAUCCUGUCCAGGCUUUGAAAGCGGCGAUUCUGCUGGAAGAGUUUACCAUUACCGACCGCGGAACCUUCCUCACCCUAAGGGACGAAGACGAAGGCCUCAUCAACAGAUUCAAGAUCUAUAAGAGUGGGGAUAAGGUUCCUGAGCUUCUCAACCCGGCGGAUAUCAUCAUUUCUACGAAAGCCAAGGGCGAGACAGAACACCUGGCCACGGCCUUCGUCAAUUGGGUCCUCGGUGGUGAAGGCCAGGCGGCCAUUGCCAACUUUCAGAAAAAAGACAAAUCCUGCUUGUACAAGGGCUACCCGGGAGGCCCGACGGUCAGUCCAUCGCGCAAGUGGGAUAUUGAGGGACAACGUCGUGAGCCUGAUCGUUUGGACGGCCAGUUUGACCUUUGAUUUCAGCACCUGAUGCAUAAUACCACCACACUAAUCUGAAUAUAUGUCCCUUGUUUGAUCCUUUGAUCAAUCGGAUGAUUUCUGCAUAUACAAUCCGAAAUCAGGUCCGUCAAGUCUGUUGUAUUCUC